AUGGCAGCAUCAAACUCAACAUGUGUUUCUGACUUAAUCACUGGUCUAAAUAACUUGAGGGAGCUUGAUCAAAGCAACAACAAAUACAAGGCUAAAAUGCUGGAGAAACUGAGCCUGGACCUCGAGAUCCCGUCUAAAGAAGUGGCUAACCAAGGAGCUUAA